UUAGUUCAAUUCCUACACUGGGUGUUGUAGCAACCUGGAUAGCGUGUUAAACCAGACUUUAGAGUUAUCAAAUCUCAUACAAACCAAAAACUCACUUUGAUUUUAGCUCAGCAUUUGUUUUCAGUUACACUUAAUAGUGGGAUAAAACUCAUGUAGAAAGUGAUGCUUUUGAGUGAAAUCAUUUGUCCCUAGAUCCACAAAUCCAAAAAGCAUAAAAGUGACCUGGGGUUUAAAAAAUAACGUGACAAAGUAACAAAAAAGUGACUUUGACGCAGAAGAAAUGAGUGGCUGAGCGAUGAUAUCUUCUCUCAAGCAUUUUGAUUCGGAGGUUGGUUCUAAACCUGGAGAUUGGAGGAAUCAGAACAAAAAUCCUCAAGAUUGGAGGGAGCAGGAAUCGCCUCCAUUAACCUGGAAUGAAGCUCCUAUAGGGGUUGGAAGUGGUGGUUCCUCUGGGUUUGAUUCAGAUUCUGCUCCUAGUUCGAUAACCUACCAGUCUAGCCUGUCAACCCGGGCACCUCUAUCAGAUUUUACGGAACAGGGUGCCCGGCCCAAAUCCUCGGGAAUGACCAAACUGUCCUCUAUCGAGGUUCACAGGGAAGAGUCUGGCUUAUUUCCGCUUCGCCCUGCUGGAGGUAUCCACCGUAAUAGAGAUGAGACCAGUUCAAGUUCACUUCGUCCUGUUCAUGGUCCUCAACGUAGUACAGAUCUAUCUGAACAUUCAGGAGGGUUAAGUGAUGCCGGAUACCACUCCCUUGUUCCAUCAAGAUCACCGACUGUAUCCUACAAUCCGUCAUCAUCACCCUCAUCAUAUCCUAGGUCUCCGUCUACAUCAUUCAGUACUUCUUCAUUUGACACUUCUUCAACAGGAGGGAAGACGAGCUCUGCGGUUUGGAACGUACGCGCAACACGUGAUACUUGUCCCUCUAGCCUCAGCCCGAGGCAUCCCCGCUCUUAUAGACGAUCCACAACACCCCUUAUCAACAAGAACAAGUUAAUAAAAAAGUGUCAGUUUGACAAGCUACCAGAUGGCCUGGUGGUUAAGAUUAUCUCAUAUUUAACCUCAGUCGAUAUCAUCAAUAUUUCUCGGACUUGUAAACGCUUGUAUUUCCUAUCCUGGGAGCCAGACCUUUGGACAAGUUUAACUUUGACCUCAGCCAAUAUUGAGACAGACCGAGCUAUCAAAUCCAUUUUGGAGAUAUUAUCACGAAACUCUGGGUUAAGCUCUGUUCGUAGCGUGUGCUUGAACGGGUCAACACGACUGACCGACCGAGGGCUUGGUGUAUUGGCCCGGCGGGCCGGCCUCCUCAGACAGCUUGAGGUUCAGUAUUGUCCUGGAGUUACAAAUGGUGGACUUCUUGAUCUUGUUUCUAGGUGCCCUCACCUCGUGCAUCUAGAUAUUACAGGAUGUCCUAUGGUGACCACAGUAAGUUUACCGGUGCAUCCCUCGAAGCCUAGACCAAGCCUAGCCCUUGAGUAUCUGGAUCUAAGUGACUGUAACGGUGUGGACGAUACCAGUGUUCGUUUAGCGGUAGAGAACUGUCCUCAAAUACAAUAUCUUUUUUUGAGAAGAUGCAGUAAUCUUACAGAUACCAGCCUAAAGUAUGUUGCUUCAUACUGCCUAAUGCUGAGAGAGCUCAGUAUAUCUGAUUGCUCUAGGAUUACUGAUUCUGGUUUAGCAGAACUAGCAAAGCUUGGUCCCAGUUUAAGAUACUUGUCUGUGGCGAAAUGUCACCAAUUGACCGACACUGGGGUUAAACAGUUGGUCCGACACUGCUAUAAACUUAGAUACCUGAACCUGCGAGGAUGUGAGCGUAUCUCCGACCUCGCUGUGGAGGCAAUGUCCAAGUCCUGCUCGAGACUACGUUCCCUCGACAUUGGGAAGUGCGACGUAACUGACCUUGGUCUCCGGGACUUGUCGGUCAACUGUCCCAACCUAAAGAAGCUGAGUGUCCGCGGUUGCGAGAUGGUAACUGAUCAAGGAUUGAUCAAUAUAGCAUAUUACUGCAGGGGAUUACAGCAGCUUAAUAUACAGGAUGUAAUGGGAGUUACAGUAGAAGGUUACAGAAACGUAAAGAAGUAUUGCAGAAAGUGUAUUAUUGAACAUACAAACCCUGGUCUAGGCUAGUUGCACAAAAUAAACAUUGAUGAAUGGUGAAAAAGUUACAAAGCGAAAAACAGUUCUGACGCUAAAAAAUGUGAACCUGAAAAGAUGUAAAAUUUGGGAUCCGUGAAAAAAAGUUCAAAAAGCUGCCAUAAUUAUCUGCAAACUAUAAAAUGCAAGUUUUCCGCACGGUCUGUGAUUUGUUUAAAUAUUUGCAUAAGAUUAUAUAUUCAUCUAGUCAGUGUAUUUAAAAUAAAUAAAUUUUACAACAUC